AUGUUACCAUUAGUACUACAUACUACACAGAUAUUGCCAGAUAGAAAUUACUGCCUCCAGACUCAUGGUGUUCCAGUACUAGAUGGAAAUCAGGCUUUGGGAGUGGGAGUCCGCUACAUCAAGCCGAACAUCCCGCUCCAAGCGCUCUGGCCCGUCACCAUGGCACACAGCCAUAUCCCACAGACCGGGCAGUUUGUAAUGACACCGGAAAUGGAGUCGGCUUUCAAAUCCCAACUAGCGCAUGAGUUUGAGAGGGUACUUAUUUAUGAGAGCCCAGCAUUGCAAGAAAAAGCCCGUCAAGUUCUGCCCAUACAAGAGAUGCAUGAACAGGCCAGAAAGAAUUUAUCAACAGUUAACAAUGCUGUUGGCAAAGGUGAAAAGCCUUUGGAUUUUCAGGACUGUGUGUUAGUGGAACUUCUGAAAUGGUUUAAAAAUGAUUUCUUCAAUUGGUUCGAUGCCCCAAGUUGUCCACAGUGUCAGUCAAACAUGAAUGCCACAGGAUCAGUGCCACCCACAGAUGAAGACCUAAAAUGGAAUGGAAAUCGGGUUGAAGGUUAUUCAUGUCAGGUAUGUGGUACAACCGAUCGCUUUGUGCGAUACAAUCAUCCAGCCAAACUUUUGGAGACCAGACAAGGACGAUGUGGAGAGUGGGCCAACUGUUUCACUUUAUUCUGUCGUACAUUAGGAAUGGAUGCAAGAUAUGUGCAUGAUCACACAGAUCACGUGUGGACUGAGGUUUACUCUCAGUCCCAGGGUCGUUGGUUGCAUGCUGAUUCUUGUGAGAAUAAAAUGGAUACGCCCCUAAUGUACGAACAUGGAUGGGGCAAGAAGCUCAACUAUAUUAUAGCAUAUUCCAAAGAUGAGUUGGUUGAUGUUACUUGGAGAUAUACAGCUAACCAGAAGGAAGUUCUCAAAAGAAGAAGAAAGUGUAGAGAAUCAUGGCUCGUGUCUACAAUCUUGGAAAUGAACAAGCAGCGUCAGGCAGCAUUUCCAGAACCAAAGAGAACAUUUUUGGAACAGCGCCUGGUAGCAGAAAUAGCAGAAUUCUUUAGGGCUGAAAAACAUUAUAAAGAGACUGAGAGUGAGGGACGCAAUUCUGGCUCCCUUGCAUGGCGUUUAGCAAGAGGAGAAAUGCAGUAUGGUAGUUCACAAAGCUACAUGUUCAAACUCACAGAAAAAGAAGUGAAUAAGAAAGAGUUCCUAGUUAAAUAUUCUCCUGCAAGGGAUGAGUAUAUAAGGGUCUCUUCAGAUGGAGAAGUUCAAAAAGGAUGGCAGACUGGAGUUAAAGAAGUUAAAGAUGUCUUCAGGAAGCAUGAAACUGACUGGAAGACAGUAUAUUUAGCAAGAUGUGAAGGGACAAGUUUUGGUGAGAUCAGUUGGCAGGUUGAUUGGUCUGAGACCGGUCUGACCUGCAAGUCAAUACUAAUUGUUUUUCAACAUUCUACUUUUGAAAAUGGAUCAGUGUCCUGGCAAUUGUGCACAGGUGAUAAAUGCUUCAUGGGAAACAAAGAUGGAGUUUUGGAGCUCAAGGGAGAAGAUUUAAAUGACAGUCCAGUGCAACUUGAGCUGUCUGCUAAACUUGCAGAUGGUAAGGGUGACUGUGCCUGGCAACAUGCUCAGCUUUUCCGUCAGUUAGAUUCUGCAACAGAACAGUUCCCUCUUCUUAUACAUAUUAAUUUUUUGUGAAUUAUAAUUAAUAUCUUUUACAGAAUUGAUAAUUUCCCUGAUAACACCUUGGCUAUAUUUUUUUUAUUACACUUUGUAAAAGUUAUUAAGCAAAAUACUGUAAAUCUUGUGGUUUAAUUUGUGGUGAUCACUGUCUAGGCAUUAUUAUUUAAGAUUAUAUAUAUACAGUGGCAUCUUUGAAACUCUCACCAGGAGUUGGCAUAUUCCUUUUUCUUUCUUUCUAUCUUUCUUUCUUUUAUUUAUUUAUUUUUAUUGUUAUUAUCAUCAUCAUCUAUUAUCAUCAUCAUUAUCCUGAGAGUAUUCAUUUUUAUUGAUUAAAAACUUGUAAUGCAAUACAAAGAUUAAAUGUUUUUUUUUAUAUAUGUAAGAAAUCUCUUAAAAACAUUUGCAGUUUAAGGUAUUUAAUAGCUAAUGUAUCAGUUAAUGUUAUCUCUCAUAAAUUUUAUACAUUUCUUAAUGAAAUUUGAUGCUAAUCAUUGAUCUUGUUAAUAAUAUAUAUAUUUAAGUAUUUAUAUGUUUUCAUCAAAUUGUGUAAGGUGAAAAGGUAUAGAUUCAAC